UAAUUCUUAAUACCUGGUUGAACUUCGGUUGAGAGCUCGCAGUGUUGUGCCUGCACUUUGCUCGAUGCAGUGAAAAGCCAUCGUGGUGCAGCACAAGCCACUGGAAAUAAUGGGUUUCAGAGUGCAGUCGUGCUGUUGUCACAUUGUGUCUGAAAGGGAAUUAACACUUAACAUGGUAAGAUUAACAACAGCCACACAUAGGGCAGACCUCUUUACCCAAACAAACAAAUUAACUGUGAUAUAGUACAUUGUUAAAAUACUCAGAUUAAUAUGACAAAAUAAAAAAAUGAAGGAGGACAUUUUUAAUGCAUUUUAAUGUAUGUUGCAACCGUGCCUGGAGACCAUUGCAACUGUCCUCAGGUACGGGGUCAGUUGCAACACCUGACUUCUUCUCUUCAAAUGCAAUAGUCUCAGAAUAACUAAGAAAAAUGCAAAAAGUGUUGCAACCGUCCCCAUCCUACCCUACUUCUUCCACCACUGAGUAUGGAUGUAUGAUCAUGACCUCAUAGAGAGCAGCAGCAGUCACAUACUGAUCAAACUGGCAACCUGCUGAUUCAAGCAGCAGAACAGAAGCUGACAUAGUCAAUCAUAAUGACCUUCUAAUCGAUCAUAAACUGAUCAAAAGACUCCACUCACUGUGCGCGCGCUCCCGCUUGGAUGGAGGCUAUACGCAGGAGCGCGCACCGGUGAAUCCGCCGCGUGCCCGAGUUGAGAGUCCGGUAAAGCUGUCUCCAUAGCGACGACACCCCGGAAAUACACCGUAACCUGCCGGUGAUCAGCUUACUACACGUUCAUCUGCUGCUUUGUUUACCAGAGAGGAACAAACUCGUAACCGCCGCCUUUGUUUGUUUGUUUGUUUUUUCGUCGGUUGAGUCCGUAAACAUGUCGGAGCCCGAGGAGGAACUGCAGGGAGAGCAGAGAGAGAGCACGAAGAAGAAGAAGAAAGAAAAACGGAGCGGGAAGAAGAAGAAGAAGAAGGAGGAGGAAGAGGAGGAGGAAGAAGAGGAGCAGAGCGAGUGUGUUGUGCUGCGCGGGAUCUUCAAAGUGGGGAAGAAGAGUCAUGACGUCCUGCUCACCCGAACCAGAAUGACCUGGACCCCCAUCACACCGGAGACCCCCACAGGGGAAGCAUGCGUGGUUCAGCCAGAUGUGGUGCUGCUGCAGGAUGUGUUUGCUGUGAAGGUGAAGCGGCGGCGAGCGGCAGGUCAGCAGUCGGGGGGAGCUGUGCUGGGCAUGGCGCUGUUCUGCUGCAAGAGGAGAGGGAGGAGGCUGGAGGAGGACACGCUGCACCUCCACAACGCCUCUUCAGAACACACACACACCUGGUACAACACCCUGAAGGAGCUGCUCGCAGGGUUCAGCAGUCGACCCAGGUAUGUAAAGGUGUUCAUCAACCCCAGCAGUCACAAGAAGGAGGCCGUUCACAUCUACAGAGAGCAUGUGGCUCCGCUCUUCAAGAUGGCUGAGGUCCGCACUGACAUCACAGUGACAGAGAGGAAGGGUCAUGCUCUCUCAGUGAUGAAGGAAUGCAAGCUGGAUGAAUAUGAUGGGGUGGUGUGUGUUGGCGGUGACGGCUCAGUGGCAGAGCUGUGUCAUGCUCUAGUCCUCAGGGCUCAGCUGGACGCUGACUCUCCAGAGAAACCAGUGAAACCACUGCUGCCACUGGGGAUCAUUCCUGCUGGAUCUACAGAUGUGGUUUCCUGUUCUGUUCAUGGAGUCAGAGAUCCAGUCACUGCAGCCCUGCACAUCAUCCUGGGUCACCUGCAGCAGGUGGACAUGUGCAGCUUCUCCUCUCUCGGGCAGCUGGUGCGUUUCGGUUUUUCCGCAAUGUUUGGUUUCGGUGGGCGGAGCUUAGCGAGGGCGGAGAAAAAGAGGUGGAUGCCAUCGUCACGGCGACGAGAGUACGCUCUGGUGAAGACGCUGGCUAGGCUGAGACCAGAGGAUUGUCAGCUGUCUUUUCUACCAGCGAAGAAGUCAAACAGGAAUUUAUUUGAACAUCUAGACCAGGACCAGGACCAGGACAAAGACCAGGACUCAGAGUCAGAUGAGGAGGAGUCCUGGACAACCAAUCAGGGCCUGUAUCUCAGCAUAAGCAUCAUGUCCAUCCCCUGUCUGAGUCCACAUGCACCUCAAGGACUGGCUCCUAACACCAGGCUGGCCAAUGGCAGCGCGGCCCUGAUCGCAGUAGGAAACACUUCCAGGUCAGAGUUCAUCAAACACCUGAAGAGAUACAGCAGCUCUAGUGGACAGUUCAGCUUCUCCUUCGUGGAGACGCACGCAGUGUCAGCAGUGAGGAUCCGCCCCCGGUCGCUGAUUGGCUGGUCCGAAGAGGAGAGCGAGGAGGAGGGUGAAUCUAAAACAGCACCCAUCAUCCAAUCAGAGGGAGCCGCCUUCCCCUGGAACAUUGACGGGGAGCUGGUGGAGAUUGCUAAUGAGGUGCUGGUCAGGGUCCACCCGCGGCUCAUCACUCUGUACGGGGAGGAGGUGGACGAAGCUGAGUCGACCGUCUCCUGCAGCUGCAUCUGAGUCCAGCAGAGGGCGCUGCUGUGUGUGUGUGGUGGGACUGAGGCAUGUUGCCAUGGUAACCACAAUUACUCAACAGUGCCCUCUUGUUUCCAUGGCGAUGUGAACUAAUGUAGAAGUUUCGUACAAAGUAGAAAAAACAUAAAAGUAGCAGCAGCUUCCUGUUUACGAAACAUAUUAAAGCUGUAUUAAUAGAUUCUUUUUGGGCUGCUUGACUCGUGCAGCUUUAACAACCAGUGAUGUAACUUGUCAGCUACCUUUAACUCCACACUAACUGUGCUUUACAAUGUAAAGAUUUAUAACUUUUGGAACUGAUUGAUGAAGAUAAAGAUUCCUGUUUUAUAUUCAAAUUCAUGUUUACAUUUUACUGUAUUUUAAUCAGCUUUUCUCACAUGACUUGACUUUGAUUUCAUUUGAGUUGAAUAUUUUUUUUUAUUACAAGUUGCAUUUUGUUUUAUCUUGUCCAGUCUCUGGUUCUGCUGCAGCAAUACAAACAUUCAUCUUUGUUUAGUUUGUGAGCUCAAACCUGAACAUAGUUUAUUGACUCUGUAAGGGAAAGCAGAACUACCUUAAAAGUACAGUUUUAAGGAAGUUCUGCUUCUAGUUUCUGCAGAUGUUUGCAUGUUGCUGCACACAAGCAGAACCAGACUGGAUGAGCCCAAUGUGUCCACAGACUGUAAAAAAAAAAAAAAAUUUUUACUGUCCAGAGCGGUUUGUACUUAAUAUGGCUGUUCUUAUAUGGAAGCUCGUCUUUUUUAAUGAUAAUGCAGAUUUUUUUGGAGUAACAGCUAUGAUCAUGAUCAGAAAAAAACAAAUACAAGUUGUUGCUUAAAUAAGAAAUUCUUCAUUUUAAUAGAAAAGUGAUGAUAAAAGCAGUGAGACUCUCCAGUGCAGAACUUCACAUAUACAAAAACUCAAUAAUUAAAAUAUUAAAAACAUCCGUGUGUGUUUAUGUGUGUGUUUGUGUGUGUGACUUACAUUUGAACUAAUUAAACAGGGGAAGGUAGUAGCUGAUCAUAGUAGCUGUGGAAUACAAGUAAUUAAAACAACACAUUUGAUUUUCAAGUAGUCUUCCAUUAUUCAACCCUGUGGCUCAAUGUGAUGCUGGCUCUGUUACCCAACAGGUUGCAUCUUAUCGUGUGCUUUCAUGCUGGCAGGUCAGUUUGAAUCUUGGAGCAAUUUCCCCCCC